ACAAUUAAUAAAACAUCAAUAAAACAUCACAUCCUCCAAACCAACAGCACACAAACAAUUAGAAAAUUCCCUCAUUUGUCACUACUAGGAAGUACCUCCACACAUCGUAGACCCGGGUUCCCUACGGUAAGUGAUUGCAUAACCGUCCGACUAAUAUCGGAUGGUCCAGAUCACAAGUUCAAUAAUUUUAGUUUUUAAAAAAAAAUAAAAUAUGUUUGAGAUCUGAAUCGUUUGAUAUCGAUCAGGCGGUCACAAAGACAUUGAUUGCGUGAAUACGUGCACUCUAUUAUUUGAGUGCAGGAAAUCCUAUUUCAUACAUCAUGCUUUAUUUUAUAAGUACAUGGGAGAAAGUAAUGAACAUAAAGUCUUUGGUUCUAUGAUCUAUAUCCCUCUUGUUUUUGGUCAAUGAUCCAACACUACUAACCCCUUCAAACACUUCAAUCUUUCUUCUUCAAUAUCUUAAAGUUUUUUUCUUUCUUUCAUCACAAUGACCAUGGAACCAAACCCAACAUCAGAUCACAUUCUUGACUGGCUUGAAGGUUCUGUCUCUUUCUUUCCAUCAUUCUUGGAUGAUCCAUAUAACAAUGGUUACAUCCAAGAGUAUCAGUUGUGGGAUCAGAACCAAGAAAUUAGCAACCAGUGUCAAACUGAUACCAAUACUGAUUCAACUAAUGCCACAAACAGCACCACCAAUAUUGUUGCUGCUAGUACUACCACAAGCACAACAUCCCUUGAGCCUAAUAGUUCCAAUAACAUACCCUUUUCUGAUUUGCCGAAGAAAAGAAAUGCCACCGAUGAAUCGAGUCUCAAGAAACAAUCACAAAACCAAAAGAACAAGAGAAUCAAGAGUCGUUCGAUGAAUGAAGCUGAUAAUGGAGAUGCAGCUCUUGAAGGGACAGUGGUUAGAAAACCAGGUGGAAACAAGAAGAGUGCAGCUAAGGCCAAUGGAAGUAACUGUAACAGUGGAAAUAACAAGGAUGGUAGGUGGGCUGAGCAGUUGCUCAAUCCUUGUGCUGCAGCCAUAGCCGGUGGAAAUCUGAAUCGUGUGCAACAUCUCUUAUAUGUUCUCCAUGAGCUGGCCUCAACUACUGGUGAUGCCAACCACCGGCUCGCAGCGCAUGGUCUCCGAGCACUGACACACCAUCUAUCUUCCUCUUCAUCGUCUACCUCAUCAGGGGCUAUAACUUUUGCAUCUACAGAACCACGAUUCUUUCAAAAGUCGUUACUGAAGUUCUAUGAGGUUAGCCCUUGGUUUUCCUUUCCUAAUAACAUAGCAAAUGCUUCCAUCCUUCAAGUUCUAGCUGAAGAGCCAAACAACUCACGGACGAUUCACAUCCUUGACAUUGGAGUCUCUCAUGGUGUUCAAUGGCCAACUUUUCUAGAGGCCUUGAGUCGUCGACCUGGUGGACCUCCUCCUCUUGUUCGCCUCACUGUUGUUACUGCUUCUUCGUCAGCUGAAAAUGACCAAAAUAUGGAGACCCCGUUCUCGAUAGGUCCAUGUGGUGAUAACUUCUCUACUAGACUCCUUGGUUAUGCACAGUCCAUAAAUGUCAAUCUGCAGAUAAACAAGCUUGAUAAUCAUCCACUGCAGACAUUAAAUGCUAAAAUUGUUGACACCUCCCCGGAUGAAACCUUUAUUGUAUGUGCUCAGUUCAGGCUGCACCACUUGAAUCAUCACACUCCUGACGAAAGAAGCGAGUUUCUGAAGGUGUUGAGGGACAUGGAGCCUAAAGGGGUGAUAUUAAGUGAGAACAACUUGGAGUGUUGCUGCAGUAGUUGUGGCGAUUUUGCCACUGGAUUCUCUCGAAGAGUGGAGUACUUAUGGAGGUUUUUAGAUUCAACCAGUUCGGCGUUCAAAGGUCGUGAGAAUGAUGAAAGGAGAAUGAUGGAAGGUGAGGCUGCAAAAGCAUUGACAAACCAGCGCGAGAUGAAUGAAGGCAGAGAAAAAUGGUGUGAAAGAAUGAAAGAAGCAGGGUUUGCAGGGGAAAUAUUUGGCGAGGAUGCAAUUGACGGAGGUCGAGCUUUGCUAAGGAAGUAUGAUAGUAAUUGGGAGAUGAAAGUAGAAGAGAAGAAUACAAGUGUGGGAAUAUGGUGGAAGGGGCAACCUGUUUCUUUCUGUUCUUUGUGGAAACUGAAUAAACAACUAGAAUAGUUCAAGCUCAAAUUGACACCAUGAGGAAACAUGACUUGCCAUUCAGUACUCAAUACAAGUUCAAAAAGCUAUAGUGAGAGGUUGCUGAUUGCUGGUUAACAGCCAACAAGUUCAAAAGUAAAAAGGUAGAACUGAUAUUAACAGUUUGUAAAUUCUUCAUCUGCAGAAUUUGACCAGUGUACUGCUUACUUAUGCCAAAUUUUCAACUAAAAAAAUGUUUGUAUGAUAAAGAGAGCUGCAAAUUAUUUCAUUUGAUGUCUGUUUGUAAUGAUUGAUAGCUAUUCAAAAGAUAGACUUGAUUCAUAGUUUGGCA